UUUCUUCUUUCCUCAUCUUUAAAAACGGUGGGAGUUACAGUUACAUGCGUCACUGCACAGGUGGCGGACGUUGUACUGGUGGACCAAGAGGAGAAGAUUUGGGUGUUGAGAGUUGGUGUGAUAUGUGGAGGCCCAUCGACGGAGCGUGGGAUUUCUUUGAACUUUGCUCGCUCAGUACUUGAUCACAUACAGAGAGAGGAUUUGCAUGUGAGCUGUUAUUAUAUUGACUCUCAUCUCAAUGCCUAUGCAAUAUCCUCUACUCAGGUAUAUUCCAAUGCUCCUUCAGACUUUGAUUUUAAGCUGGAAAGCCUUGCCCAAGCUUUCCAGUCUUUGUCUGAAUUUGCUGAGCAUCUAGCUGUCUCAGUGGACAGAGUUUUCCCUGUUAUACAUGGUCGUUUUGGUGAAGAGGGUGGCAUUCAGGAGUUAUUGGAAAAAAAUAAUGUUCCAUUUGUUGGCUCAGGAUCCAAGGAGUGUCGUCAAGCAUUUGACAAGUAUGAUGCCUCCCUGGGCCUUAGCAAGCAUGGGUUUGUAACAGUACCUAGUUUCUUACUGCAGGGAAGUGAAGUGAAUGAAUCUAAAUUAUCAAAAUGGUUUGCACGCAACCAGUUGGACUUAAACUCAGGGAAAGUUGUGGCCAAACCAACAAGAGCAGGGUCAAGCAUUGGUGUCACAGUUGCAUAUGGAGUUACUGAUUCACUUAAAAAGGCCAAAGAAAUUAUUUCUCAGGGAAUUGAUGAUAAAGUCUUUGUUGAAUUGUUUCUUGAAUGAGGGAGUGAAUUUAUAGCCAUUGUUCUUGAUGUGGGUCAUGGUUUUGAUUGCCAACCUGUUGUGCUACUGCCAACUGAGGUGGAGCUUCAAUUUCAUGGCAGUGGUGAUGUAAGGGAGAAAGAUGCAAUUUUCAAUUACGUAAAGAAGUAUCUUCCCACACAACAGCCCAGCUGCCAAGCUACAUCCCUCAAACUGUUCUUUGUGCCUGGAGGCGAGCCACGCCAAAUCCCUCGAGUCGAGCUUCUUCAUUCCUCAGGCAACCUGUUUGUCUUUGUCAUAGCAACAACCUUUGCUCCAAGUGCUUCGGCCUAUACCGAUAUUAUUGCAAAUUUAACUCGUGACUAUGCCUGGACGGUGAUUCGGUGA